GGUGCAGCAUUCACAAUGCCUCCUACUCUGGGGCAUCGGUACACCUUGGUUGGUUUUUCCGACGAACUGAAUUGGAGAACUUUGAGCUCUGUGGAUCCCAUACCAUCGUACAGAGUGUGCCAAGCAUGCGGUAUUGUAUCCAGAAUAACCGCAAUACUGCCUUGUCUGCACUCAUUCUGCAAGAAGUGCUAUGAACAGUGCCGGACUCAAGAGGGGUGUUGCUGUCCGCACGAUGGUCAACAAACCCGCGGAGAAGAUGUCGACUGGAGAGAUUAUCCUGUCGACCAGCUGCUGAAACGAAAGGUGAAAUGCUGGAACGAAGAUCAAGGCUGCGAAAUUGUUGUUGCUGCAUCACAACUCAGCAAGCACUUUUUCAAAGAAUGUGAUAAACACUCGACCAGCUGUUCGAAAUGCUCAACAGUCGUACUCUGCAGUGAUAUAUGCGCGCAUAUACAGAGCAAGUGCAGAGAUCACGUGAUACCUGUGGAGUCCUGGAGUCCGAUAACGAGCAUUGACGGCCAAGGUGCUGUAAUGAAGGCUCCUAAUGAUAACAUAAACGCACGAGCAGAUGAAAUGAAAGAGAGGUUCGACCAAGUGGCGAAUGCAAACAACGCUCAAGCUAUCCGUCUUAAUGAAGUUUACCAAUGCCUGAACAUCAUAAAAGAAGCAGCAGUAGAAAUUCAAAGGCGGAACAAUACACUUGAUAACCUUGCAUCUUCCACUGAAGUCAUCCGCGAAAAUCACACUGAGCAUGCUGAAAAACUGCACAAGUUUGAGGGAGCGAUAAACAAUGCUAAUGAAACGCUGAAAAAUGGCUUGGAAAGCAUGAAGUUAGCUGUCGAAAAACGGAAAAAGCUACAGCAGACUUCGUGCAAAUGCAAUUGAGGGAAUUCGCCAGUAAGGGCGGCACUCUAAACAAAAUCCUGCGAAAGAAGUUCGACAUCGCUACUAAGACAAUCUGCACCAAUUGCACAGAAACUGUGGCAAGUAUUCUUCAAGAAAAAUU